ACGAAGACAGGACCAAUCAAGGCCAAUCAAGGUGCUAACUCUAAGCGCUCAGCUUUAGUGUACUGCUACAACUGUUCCCAGAAAGGACAUUUUGGAUAUGAGUGCUCGGAGAAGCGGAUGCAUGGGAGCACACUCCCUACUUCUCCAUUCAUCUCCUACUAUGAUGAUGAAUAUGAUAUCAAGAGGAGAGCAAACAGAUUAAAAAGAAAGGCUGCAGAACUACAGGAAGCCGGCCUUCUGCCAGAACAGUCAGAGACACUGUGGCAGGAAGGAAAAUAUGGGGAGCACAGCCAUAAGAAAAAGGGCAAGCCUUGGAAAGAACAUGGGAAACAUAACAAAGAUGGCAAGUAUUACAAGAAGAUGAAGAUGUCGUGGGCAGAGGAACCCAGAGAAGAAAACCACAGAAGUGGUGUUGAUGUCAGCCACAAUUUGGAGGAGGAUUUCCCUAGGAGGUGUAAAAGGCAGGCACGUAAGGGCAGCAAAACCCAUCACAAGUCCAUUUUCCGUGCAUUCUCAGCCAGCAAGACUGCGUAUGUGCAGGAGCCUCUGGAAGGUGCUAAAAGGAAGAGGAAAUGGAUAAAGCAGAAAGACAAUAGUCCUGCUAUCAGUGACAAUUUAUUCCUCAUAAAACAGAGGACAAAGAAGUCCAAACAGAAAUCCUGGUGA